UGUGGCCGGGGCGCGGUGCCGAGCGGCCGGGCCGCUGCCGGUGCCGGUGCCGCCCCGCGCGGCGCAGCCAAUGGUGGUCGGCGGGGCGGGCUGCGCCGCGCGGGGCUGCGUUGUGCAACGCGCCGCGCUUUGAAGGCACCAUCACCCCUGGGAGGCAGCGCUCACUCGGCAUCUGUCACGGCAGGGCGACCGGCUGCGGGCCGGGCCCAGCGCCCCGAUGAAGACCCGGCGGGACCGGCCUUCCCAGCGGGCAUGAGCCACCCGCGCUAGGAGCGGCGCGUAGCGGUGCCCCGGCGGGCAGGAUGGCCCACAUGCUGCAUGCGGCGGCCCGGCGGGUGCAGUGGAGCAGGGCGGGCGCCGCGAAGAGGGCUGCGUGCCUGCUGGCCGCGGCGUACGGGCUCAAAAUCCUCUACCCCAUCAUCCGCGGGCGUGUGAAGCGGGCGGGCGGCAGAGGCGGCGCGCAGGAUGAGAGGGGCCGGGCGGUCCCGCACCGCACAGGCAGCCGGGGCAGAGCCUCCCCGGCCGUGGACGCGGAAUUCUUCAAGCAGCUGCUGGAACUCCGCAAACUGUUCUUCCCGAAGCUGGUGAGUGCCGAGCUGGGCUUGCUCUGUCUCCACUCGUUUGCUCUGGUGUCCAGGACCUUCCUCUCCAUCUAUGUGGCCGCCCUCGAUGGAAAAAUUGUGAAGAGCAUUGUGGAGAAAAAGCCCAGAAGCUUUGUCUUCAAGUUAAUCAAGUGGCUGAUGAUUGCAAUCCCAGCCACUUUCGUGAACAGCACCAUACGGUACCUGGAGUGCAAGCUGGCCCUCGCCUUCCGCACGCGCCUGGUGGAUCACGCCUAUGAGACCUACUUUGCCAACCAAACCUACUACAAAGUGAUCAGCAUGGACGGGCGGCUGGCCAACCCUGACCAGUCCCUCACCGAGGACAUCAUGAUGUUCUCGCAGUCCGUGGCGCAUCUCUACUCCAACCUCACCAAGCCCAUCCUGGAUGUUGUGCUCACCUCCUACACCCUUAUCCGCACAGCACGGUCCCGGGGGGCCAACCCCAUCGGGCCCACAGUUCUGGCUGGCCUCGUCGUCUAUGCCACGGCCCGAGUGCUCAAAGCCUGCUCGCCCAAGUUUGGCAAACUAGUGGCUGAGGAGGCUCACAAGAAGGGCUAUCUGCGCUUCAUACAUUCACGUAUCAUUGCCAACGUGGAAGAGAUUGCCUUUUACCGAGGGCACAAGGUAGAAUUGAAACAACUGCAAAAAAGCUACAAGGAUUUGACAGAUCAAAUGAAUCUCAUUUUGUCCAAACGUUUAUGGUACAUCAUGAUAGAGCAGUUCCUGAUGAAGUAUGUCUGGAGUAGCUGUGGUAUGAUCAUGGUUGCUGUGCCCAUCAUCACUGCAACGGGAUUUGCAGAUGGCGAGUUGGAAGAUGGCCAGAAACAGGCAAUGGUUAGUGAAAGAACAGAAGCUUUUACUACAUCACGCAACUUGCUGAUUUCUGGAGCAGAUGCUAUUGAAAGAAUUAUGUCUUCAUACAAAGAGGUCACUGAGCUAGCAGGCUACACUGCCCGUGUCUACAACAUGUUUUCAGUCUUUGACGAGGUGAAGAGAGGCAUCUACAAAAGAACUGCUGUUAUUCAAGCAUCUUUAAACAACAGCAGGAGUGAAGAUAAAUCAGAGUUACACAUUGAUGGGCCUUUAGAAAUCAAAGGGAAAGUAAUUGAUGUUGAUCAAGGAAUUAUUUGUGAAAAUGUUCCUAUAAUUACUCCGAAUGGCGAUGUGGUGGUUUCCAGACUAAACUUCAAAGUUGAGGAGGGGAUGAAUCUUUUAAUCACUGGACCCAAUGGCUGUGGAAAGAGUUCACUCUUCAGAAUUUUAAGUGGUCUGUGGCCUGUGUAUGAAGGAGUUCUCUACAAGCCCCCUCCACAACACAUGUUUUAUAUACCACAAAGGCCCUACAUGUCCAUUGGAACACUACGAGAUCAAGUCAUCUAUCCAGACUCAGUGGAAGACAUGCAUGAGAAGGGCUACCAAGAUCAAGAUCUAGAGUCUAUUCUGCAUAUGGUUCAUCUGUACCACAUAGUUCAAAGAGAAGGAGGCUGGGAUGCCAUCAUGGAUUGGAAAGAUGUCUUAUCAGGAGGAGAAAAACAAAGGAUGGGCAUGGCCCGGAUGUUUUACCACAAGCCGAAAUAUGCAUUGCUGGAUGAAUGUACAAGUGCUGUAAGCAUUGAUGUUGAAGGAAAGAUAUUCCAAGCUGCAAAAGCUGCUGGGAUAUCCCUGCUUUCCAUAACACACAGACCUUCUCUUUGGAAGUACCACACUCACUUGCUGCAGUUUGAUGGACAAGGUGGCUGGCGUUUCGAGCAGUUGGACACCGCUAUCCGUUUAUCAUUGAGUGAGGAAAAACAGAGACUGGAAUCCCAGCUUGCAGGAAUUCCUAAAAUGCAGCAGAGACUGAAUGAACUGUGUAAAAUCCUGGGAGAAGAUUCAGUGCUUAAAACAAUGGACAAAGAGGAAUAAAUAAUUUAUGGUUUAUGUUUUUACAAGUAUUUUUUUAGUUAAAAGCGUUACAAAUUCAGCCAUUAUCCUUUGCAUGCAUUGUGACAGAGGCUUAGAGCAUAACACAGCCAGCAGAAAAUAAUGCUCUGAAUGCUAUGUAAGACUUUAGUGUUUUAGUAUUAAGGAGGAAAGUGGUUGAACUGUGAAAAGAAAAUAAGCAAGUGCACAGACUAUAAGAUUAGUCAUUACAGCUUAUGUUAAUUCCUAGUGAAAGCCCAAUUCACUGCAAGAAACUACCACAAACUUAGGCUUUUUUUGGUGAAUUUUUGCCUGAGACUUGUCCUGCAGAAUGUGCUCUUGUACCAGGUCACUGUGUGCGUAUGACAUGCCUGCUACGCAGAGCAACCGGGCAUGACACUCAGGCAUGGAGCACAGCAGGGGCAGUAUCUGGGUGAGUAUGCAGAUGCAUGCAAAAAUCUCAUUUGAGUAUAAGAAACAUUCUCUCAGCCCAUGUAAAAUAAGACUUCUGUUCUACUACUGUAUAGUAUACAUGCCUUUACCUGCAUUUCCAUAGGAAAUAACGUAAUAGGCUGACCAGAAGACAACUGUCUGAGCAACCCACUGCCCUCAUUACAGAGAAACAGGGACAGAGCUAAACAUGUAAUAUACUUGUGUUUUAUGCCAUUACACAUAGCUUCAGAGGCUCUUUGCCCUUCAUGAUACAUCAGUUCCUUUGGGGGAUAAUUUAUGUCCCUUACUUGGUAACCUCAGGUGGUGUGGAUGGAGCACUGGGCCUGGCAUCAAGUGACUUAGUUUUCGCUUGACUAAAUCAUUCAUGUGCUCUAUGGGUCCAAUCCAGCUGGCAUCCAUAUCUGUCCCAGUUCCUCCAUUGGCAUAAUCACAAUAUAGACACUUGUUUGUUCCAUGAGACACUUUGUGAUGAGAAGGACUGUAGGAGAAGGAAAUGGUAGUUUCUAACAAUAUGCUGAAUUCUCAGGCAUGGCUGUCCUGCCAAAUGAAAUGUUCAGCAUUUAUAAAGGUCUGUGAAAAGUUAGAGCAUUUGGUAACCACUAAUGAAUAUACAUGCCAUAUUCUGGUGGAGUGGCUGAACAUUGCCCUCCCUGUGAAAAAAAUGCACUGGUAAACAGCCUUGCUUUCAGAUGCACUCACUGAUUGUCCCAUCAGCUUUUCAGUUCAGGUCCCCAAUCAGUCAGAAGGUGCUUUAACAGAACUGCCUGAGACUGUGCUGGCCUGAGUGCCUUGCUGAAUACAAAAGCUGGAGAAUUGGAAAUAAAGAUGUGAAUGUAUUUAAGAGCUCCUGUUCUCUCUGACUGCAAGUGCAUGGCAAAUGGGCAGCUCAGGAGUGAAAAUCAGGAGGAGUAAGAGGCUUUGCAGGUGGGUAAAUGAGCCUUAGCCCAGAUGUAGCAAUCCUUAAGUUUGUUGGUUCUUUUUUUUCCCCAGAAGUGUGAUUUCUUAGAAGAUUUCUGUCUGUUGUUCUUAGUCUGAGAGAAGAAGUGCAUAAACUGCUAGGAACUGUUUGGAGAGGAGAAAUAUUUUAGGGGCAUUUGCUGAGCUGGAAAUGUUUGAGCACCCUGAAGUUAAUAUAAACUGUUUCUUUUUUCUGAUUGCUUCAAGAACAAGAGGAAUGUGAGUUAACUCCAUCUGCCAAAUCCCAGUCCAGUGCACUAAACAUUAGCCCAUAUUCCUUCUCAGUGUGCUCAGCUUGCUGCUUGGUAUGACAUUUGCACCAGAAAAUGGAGCAAGUCUGCUCCCUCCAUAGUCUGUGGCUUGAAUGUAACCCAGUAACUUACCCUGGUGACAACAGUUGGCUCCUUUCAUUAGUUUUUUCUGGAGAGCCCCCUGAGACAUCUCACUGAUACAGAAAGGAAUGCUCCUGGGAACCUUUGAAAGGGCUGAAAAAUUAAGGUUCAAGAUAAUAAGAUGUGUCGUAAAGCGCAGAUGGAGGUCACUGCUGGGGUGGCUGACAUGUAUGUAUUUUAAUUUGCAAAUGUCUGUGCUUGUCCCUCUCCCUGAAGGUGAGCUUUCCCCUUUCUCAUCUUCAAAGCAAAAUUCAUCACUGCUAAGGAAAAAAAGAAGUCAGCCAAGAAUCUGUUCUCAGUGAGCAUAACUGAGGUGACUGAUGAGUGUAAAAGCUUGCAGGUUUCUGAUUGAUGUUUCUCUAAGAUGAGAUGAAUCCGGGCACACCAUGCACACACCUUUCCACAAGCCUUUCCCAAGCCAGGACCUGAGGUGGAGCAAGGGGCAUUGCUGUUUCCCACCUCUCCAUUUAGCACUUUAACAUGUGGCUGGGAACUAAACCAGGGUUAUCCACUCCCUGAAUGAGUGGGAUACUGAAAAUUGCUGAAGAAUUGGCCCAGUUUGGCACAGCUCCAGAUAUCCCACCAAAGCUCUGGCCCUGUCCUUUGACUUGCUGGGAGCCGUUGUGAGCAAGUGCAGCACCUGAAAUCUGCUGUAUGCCUUACAGAGAUCAAAGCUGGCUAUCCCUCAUGGCACAAAACAAAUCUCUUCUGAGGAAACAAUGUUUAGCAGAAGAAAGUUGGUUUGCUGGUUUUUUUUUAAACGAGAUUAUGCAUUAAACAUACAAAAUUUAUAAAUGUUACUGAUAAGAUUUUGAUGAAAACUGACAUCACACCAAGAUCAAUCUAAUAGUAUUUUCUUUGAAGUUUGACAUAUAUUUCUUGGAUCUAGUAAUAAACAACCACUCCCAUUCAGCUGUAUAGUCUAAAAUACUCCAGCAUCUCACUCAGCUAUUUAUGUUCCUGUAGGCAUAGCAAAAACAGUAGAGGCUGAUAUGAGAAGAAACUCUUCUCUAAACAGGAACUUUCUGAGUGAUACUGAGCUGGAUUUAGAAGGAAUUUCUGCACUGGUGGCUCAUUAUUUUUCCAGUUAGUUUUGUGUCAGGAAGAGAAGCUGCCUGGAGGUAUUUUCUGCAAACCCAUGUUGUUCCAAGGGCUAAUUGAGACUGGAGUCUCCAUUUCUGUUCCUGGAGAGUUUUACAGGGCAUAGUCCAGCUCAUUUUGUGCUGCUUCAGGCCCAGCCUAGCAGAGGUGCAUGUUCCCUGCUCAGGAAUAGCUCAGGGAGACACUGUUCUGGAGCCAGGGCAUGGGGACCACAUGGCCCUGGCAGUGCAAGAGAGUCAAAGUGGGACAGGAUGCCUUGGGGGAAGAUUUUUUUGUGGUGCAAUGAGAGCUGCUUUUGAAUGUUCAUUCCCUUUUUGAUGUUCAGUAGCUGUGGCUCCCCAGGAAGCUGGGGAAGUGUCUUUUUGGCCUCCUUUCUACCUGUCAUACCAAUCUGGAGCUAGCCAGACCCCAUCACGGUGUCUGUGUGUUCAAGGCUGAGUACUGCCCAGUGCUGAGCACACCCAGCCCUGUGAGCACCCUCUCACCCCCCCAGGCUCAGGGCAGACUGGAUUGCCUGGGUCUGUUGGCACCUAGAGAAGUAGAGAUGAUGAGCAAAAUUCAUACCUGCCUCAGGCAGGUAGUGUCUGUACAACAAAAAUAUGAUUUCUCCACGUUAGUGUGUUCAGAUAAUGGAAAGUGGUUUUGCAAGAAUCUUCAGAAUGAAAGGACACAUUUUUUGUGCAUGGGAUUUCACUAUUUUAACCUGGGAGGAGUUUCUUUUUCACUUAGUUUUGGGGUCAGACUCAUUCCUGGUUUGGACUUGGAAAUCCUCCUUCUGCAGGGACAGAGAACCCCACGUAUGUUUCAAUGGAAUAUUUCAAAAGCAGUGGGAUUUGUAUUUGAGUAGGGAAUUAAGGACUGGGUAUUAAAUGGGAUAUUUUAGAGAAAAAUCUUAAAGCAAAUGAACACAUCUGCAGUCCACUCAAACUUAUGAAUGGUGAUAAUGCAUGUCAAAGUCAAAUUUCUGAGCCAAUCAUAUAAAGAAAUCCCCCUACUGAGCUGUCCAUGAAGCUUAGGAGAACUGAACUGUUAAUCAAAUGUGUCUUUGUUUUGUUUAUGUUUGAUAUUAAUGCCUUUUAAGAGCAGACAAUUUAUAAAGCAAUAAAAUAUGCUUUACAGUUGUAAUUUAUUCCGACCUCAAAUAAAACAUGUUGCAUUUACUUUCA